AUGUCGGUUCCUCUAAUUCUGAACAACCAAAUACAAAUUGCACAUGAACAGCUGUCCUCAUCCGGUUAUCCAGCUCGAGAUUUACCAACCUGCCACCGUACCCAGAGGCGUGAAAAAACUUAUGAAAACGACCAGACGCUCCUUAUCAUAGGUCAAAUGGAUUUCCAAAAGUACUGCUAUUUUCAACAGUUCAAAGAAAAAUUCAAGGAAAACCCAAAGGAUGGUGAAAUGCAACGGCUAACGAGACAGCAAGAUUGCCAAAUUCAAAAAGCAUUUACUACAAGAAACACUCAAGUCAGCAAUCCAUAA